AUGAGUGCAAGGACAUUGCUGCGUUUCUUACUGCUACACGACCGAGUGGAGACGGUGGAAGAAUGGGCUGACGAGCUAGAAAAGGAGAAACAGGUACAUGUUUCUACAUAUACUGAUGACGAGCAGGAGGGCUGUCGUUAUCGUGCGUCGCUGAUCGUCGGUGCCAUCGCCGACGUCGUACCGCAUUUACCCAAUUACAGCGCUGUAUCGACGAACUUAACAGCACUGAUGCGCUAUUGCGAAAAAGUGUACGCACGUCAACUCGGUCAACUUGUGCAGGGAUGGUUGCAGCAGCCUCAUAGUACAGUUUUUCGAAAGUGGCUCGUCGGUGACUGGCUACAGUGUAGCCAUUUCACAGCAGCUGCUGAUAUGGAGGAGCUACUGCAAUGGAGACACGCACUGGUGGCGGCAACGGUCCACGAGGUGGUCAAGUCUCUCAAAUGGACUUUACUACGGACCCUGAAUGCAGUCAACGAGACGAUUGCAACUCAACGUAAAGACGACCAAGAAGAGAAAGUGGCAAUUGGGACACCGAUGGCUGCAACGUUGCAGUCGAUCGAGACCGUCGAGGAGCUGCUGGACUUUUGUUUUCUACAUGCUGAGCAGCUUGCAAGUUCCAGUCUCGUUUGUGCUGCGAAGUUGCAUGCACUAGCAGUGAAGACCCAGCGGAGCGCAACAAAGCUCCUGGAGGACGAGGAGGUGCUGGUGAGGUUGCGGUGGGCGUUCCUGCUGAAGCCACUGCUGUUUAAACCUCUGCUGCAGCACGCAGUCGCAUUGAAGACUAUCUCCGGCAAAACUGCAGCACGUCAAGUGUGCACGAGCCCGGUGCUGCCGGGCCUUGUCAACAUUGUGGAUGCCACCAAUCGAGAGACGAUUUUGCUGGAGAUGCGUGCAAUGAGAAACGAGCUGGACCGCGCAUUCGUCCGCGGUGCCAAGCACAUUCAUAGUGCUGCCUCCAAAUCAACAUGUCGAUCGACCCUCGAAUCUGCUGUACGUGAUUACGUCCAAGCACUCUCGAACGAGGCUAAAGAACGUCUACUUGCAGAGCUGGAACGGGACUUGGAUGAGGCCCCGCCACCUUUGUUUCCGCACGUCUUUCUCUACCUAUCGUUACUUGUCGGCGCCAUGCUUUCGGAACUGCAGGACAUGACGUCCGACGUCGUUUCCAUACUGUUCUCGCUCUUUGAUCGACGUGGUCACGACGUUACUAGCUGUCUGGACGUGCUUGGUCUGUUGCUCCAGCUUUCCCUCGCCGACAACCGCAUGUGGCUCAACAAGCAAAACUCGGCACUAUACAUCGAAACAAUCGAGCUGCUCUCUGAGACAGCAACGAUUCAAGUCGAGCUACAUAAGCUGCAGUGGAUCGCCACCAUGGCUCUGCACCACCUGCUCUUCGAGUGCGACGUCGAGCUCCUCCAGCACAACCGCUCAACGCUCACACAAGUUUUACCCCCACGCACCAUGCACUUCGUCACAUUACGUCUCGACAACCAGUAG